AUGGACCGAGAGAAGGUGUGUCGACUCGCUAAGCAGCUCUUUCAGCUUGACGGGAUCGAGCGACUAGAUGUGGUCAAGCACCUUGACAAAGAUAACGCCUUCAGUCGUGCUGUUGGAGAAGAGUACCUCAAAUUCUUUGACUUCACUGGGCAAACUCUGGAUCAAGCCCUGAGGUCUUUUCUUAAAGUCGUCAUCCUGAUUGGAGAGACGCAGGAGCGUGAACGGGUGCUGCAACAUUUCGCUGGUCGCUUCCAUCAGUGCAACCCGGAGUCCUUCUCUUCAGCAGGAGCCGCGCUUGGCAUCACAUGUGCUCUGAUGCUCCUCAACACGGACCUACAUGGACAGAACGUAGGGAAAGCCAUGUCCUCGUCCAAGUUUGUGUCCAACCUGGAGGGCAUGAACGAUGGUGAAAACUUCAGCAGAGAUCUGCUGAAAAGUCUUUACAACUCAAUCAAAAGCGAGCCACUGCAAUGGGCUGUUGAUGAGGAGGAGCUGACUUCGGCAUUGACGGAAGAGGUGGAUGCGCCGCUGCGCUCUAAGAGCAACCCCUUCCAGGACGUCCCCCAUGACAAGGCCGCCCCCGUGGUCAAGCAGGGCUUCAUCCAGAGGAAGCUCUACGCUGAUAUCGAUGGAAAGCGCACUCCUUGGGGGAAGAGGCGCUGGAAAACCUUCUAUGGUGUGCUGAAAGGAAUGGUCCUUUACUUACAGAAGGAUAACACGAGGAGGGAGCAGCAAACCAACGAGGAGGUGGUUAGCGUCCAUCACUCGCUGGCCGAGCCGGCAGCUGACUACACCAAGAAGCCACAUGUAUUCCGUUUGCAGACUGCCGACUGGAGAGUUUUCCUGUUCCAAGCGUCAUCCAAAAUGGAGAUGACCUCAUGGAUCAACCGCAUUAACUUGGUGUCGGCGCUUCACUCCUCCCCCCCGUUUCCCGCUGCCGUUGGUUCCCAGCGGAGGUUUUGCAGACCCAUCCUGCCUGCCUCACAGUCCGCCCACACUCUGGAGCGUCAACUGCAGUCUCAUGCAGGAAUGCUGGAGUCCUUCAAGACAGAUUUAUCGCACCUCCAGAAGCACUUACCGGGUGGCAAAAAAGCUCGAGGGAAAGAGAUGGAAGAGCACCGCACGAGGGCCGAGUACCUGCACCAUGAGAUAUUUCGUUACGAGAGCUACAUGCAAGUACUGGAAGCCUGGAAGAGCGUGGAGAAGACUGGUGAUGGCGCUUUGAUUGCCGCCGCCCUUGGCUUGUUCGACAAAGCUAUGUGCGCAUCCCCAGUGACCGAGGAGGACGACAGCGACGAAGGCCACUUGACAAAGUCCCACUCCAGCCCUUCCCUGGAGCUGGAGAUGGCACCGCAAAGCACCGUCAAGAUUAAACGCAACGUCUCUGAAAGAUGGACUUACCGGAGGGCGGCGCCUCGGUUGAAUAAGGAGGGCAAGACGGAAAUUUAG